CAAAACGGCGCUUGGUAUAAAAACUCAAAUGGAAGCGUGUCGCCUUCCAUUCGGCUGCAUCAGAUAAACACGCAACUUAUGUGGUGAAUCAGUAACAUCAGUUACACGACGACCGCAACGACGAAAGAGUGUGAAAAUGUCUGCAAGGACUUCAGCAAAGUACGUGAAGGAAAAGGACCGUAGUCGUCGACAACUGGAACAUCUUUGGCUGCAGCCUUAUGUUGUGUUACGCAGAGCAGACAUCAGUGAAGCUAUUUGUCCGAAGCAGCCGGAGCGCACUUGCAUUAAAGAGGAAGAUGUGGGCAAAGAGGUCCAUCACUUCAAUGAACAAAUGGAGCAGAAGUUUCUUUGCACCAUAAAAGAGGAGAAAGAGCCGGAGCGGCCUUGUAGUAAAGAGGAGGGAGAGGAGUCCUGCAACAUUAAAGAGGAGGAGGAGGAGCCGGAGCGCACUUGCAUUAAAGAGGAAGAUGUGGGCAAAGAGGUCCAUCACUUCAAUGAACAAAUGGAGCAGAAGUUUCUUUGCACCAUAAAAGAGGAGGAAGAGCCGGAGCGGCCUUGUAGUAAAGAGGAGGGAGAGGAGUUCUGCGACAUUAAAGAGGAGGAGGAUACCUGCAAGAUGCCAUUGACUGGUGUUGCUGUGAAGAGUUUUGAUGAGGGUCAACAGGAGGUGAGCAAAGGGGCGGAGCCUCCAAGCUGCAGCUCAAGUCAAACAAUGACCAGAGAAGGUGAUGGAGACCACUGUGGAGGAUCACAAGCAGCUCCACCAUCAGAUAGUGAUGACGUGUCGUCACAUGUUCCUGCUGCUGCUGAGUCUCAAAACAAACACAGGCAAUGUUCUCAGUGUGGGAAAUGUUGUGCUAAUAACAGUGUUUUGAAACAACACAUGAAAAUGCACACUGGCGAGAAACCUUUUUCCUGCUCAGUUUGUGGCCAAACAUUCUCUCAGAGGGGACACUUGAAAACUCAUACAAGAGUCCACACUGGCGAGAAACCUUUUUCAUGCUCAGUUUGUGGCCAAAAUUUCAGACAGAGGGUAAGCUUAAUCAAGCACACAGUAGCCCACACCUAACUCUGUUGCCUGCUCAAUCACUUGCCAAAGAGUCUCUAUUGAGAAUUUCGCGUGUGUUGGGGAGAUGAUCAAUGAUCCGUGAAGGUUUCACCUUCUAUUUAAGCAGACUUCAUGAGUUUUUGCAUUGAUGAUGAUAUUGUUAACUGGCUUUUGGAUAUCUUUGUAGUUUUUAUUAUACAUAGUGUUAAUUUUGGUUUUGGUUGUGCUUUUUAACAGUAAAUACAUUUAAUUCAUAUUCGAGGCAAGUUGCUUAGUUUUUAUCAGUGUAAACACUGGGUUUAGUUUUGUUCAGCAUUUCAUGAUCACGUUUAGGAUUUUGCCCCAUAUUUGUCAAGACUUGUUAGGAAGAACAACAAUAAGAAGCAAGCAAGACAUUUUUUUUUCUUCUUCUUGCGCUUGUGUGGCGGUUCAGCCCUGCGCUCUGCACCGGAAAAAGCUAACCAAUCAAAAAGGGGCCUGACACGGCAUAUCUGAGCUGCACAAUGAUUUAAACUCUCCUCCAAAAGUGAGGCCAAUUCCUAUCAUUUUGCAGUAAAAAUAGAUGAAGCAAUUUGUGUAGAAAUGCUGAAUGACAAAAUAUGAAUGUGGAAUCAUGUGGAGAAGUAUUGAAUCAUGGAAUUAUGUGGUAUGAUAUUAAACGAUGACGAAUGACGACACGCAUUAUGUGU